GAGUGCGCUUGCGCAAUGAGGUGAUGGGAAUUUCCAGCAGUAGGACGGACAAGGCUGGAUGAGUCUAGAGAAAGAGGGGAUGUGUCCCAAGCUCAGUACAUCAUCCUCAUUGGCACAGUGAAGCAUGUGGUGUGUUCAUUAUCCAACAUCAUAUCCCUCUUUGUCGUUGCAGCUUGGAGUUGGUGCAGAAAAGGCCCAGCAUCAUAAUUGUGGCCCUCUCUGCCCAGUGACCCUGAACUCACCUUUUGGUUAAAUGACAGGGCAGAGGCUAGACCUCCGGAUACUUCUCAGGGCCACCAAACCGUCAACCACCAGCACCCUCUGGCCUCAUCUCAUUCCCCACAUUUUCCCUGGAGAGCCUACAUGGACUGCCAGUUAAAAAAAAUAACCAGAGAUGCCCAAAAGCAGAUGGUGGGCCUACAGGCAAGAGCCUAGCCAUCCCAAUCAGGAAGCAGUUCAAUUCAACCCUACUGAUCCCCUCUCAUCUGAAGCAUAGCGACGACUUCCUGAUUGAGCUCGGAGGUGCGUUUCUCAACCCUCAGUGGGGUGCAUUUGUGUGUCUGUCCCGAGAUGUCAACAGAGAGGGGCUGCUGAAAGUGUCGUCCGGGGCAUGAGAGAGGGAGCGAGGAAGGGGUGUCACGGCUGAAGCAGUCCACUGCUGCACCGCCAAUGGAUGCCAAACUGCAAGAGGACCUAUUCCGGAGGUACGUGGUGUGCCUGGAGAGGCGGCUAGAGGACGGAGGGGGGAAUGCGGGCCUUGGCGGAAGCACCUUGGAGGGUGGCAGCGAGGCUCUACUCUCCACGGCCACAGCCCUGCUGGGGGCCUACCAACCAGACCCGGGCCAGAGGUUCCGCAUGGUGCGCUUCUAUGAGGUGGUGGAGAACGCCAUUCGAUGCCUGAGAGGCUGCAGUCUGCAGGGCCUGGAGAGAGCCUUCCUCACCCUGGAGACUCUCUGUACCAACCUGCUGCUCUUCCCCUGGAAGAAAGAGUUCCGCUGCAUCAAGACCUUCACAGGCCCGUACGUCUACCUUCUCCAGUCUGCUGUGUGCGAUGCUGAUCUCCGCUCCCUCCUGCGUUCUAUGGGCUACUCCCGCGACCAUGAGCUCCAGUUCCACGUCCGGGACCACCCAGGUGGCCCAGCCCACCUCCGGCAGCUAGCCUUCGAGCUCUUCCUGGCCCAGGCCGAGUGUCGUCUCCUGGGGGAGGUGGUGGCUUUGGCCCGGGGUUCAGCCUCUGAGCUGGAAGCCCUGGAGCAACGGAGGGGCUGCCGGGAUGACGCGGCCGGCUGUGCAGAGGUCCUCCGACGGCGAGAUAGCCUUGGGGCCGACAUGGCCAGGCUCUCAGUGCGACCGAUGGACAUACCUCACCCUCACCAUCUAAGGAGAGGGGGAAGACCGUCCAAGUCGGUGGAUGUUACGGAUGGAGCUGGGAAUUGGCACGCAGCCUCUAAGCCUGUUCUGAAAGCCUCUCUGAGCCUGAGGAAGGAGCCUCUGUUUGUGGAUGCAGAGGAGGACAUGAAGGAUGAGAUUAUCAGGCCCAGCACCUCCACUUCCAUGUUCUCUGUGACUGACCCACCUUCCUACAGCCCCGUGCCUGACUUCUUCCCUAUUCAAUCCCUGCCCUCGGUCGACGCUUACUCCUCCUACCACCUCUCCUCAUUGGAUGAAAUUGAUCUGUACACAGAGAGGGGUGGGCCUAGGGUUGGAGGUCGACAGACACCUUCCAGACCUCCAUCCAGGGAGCCCCGGGAUGCCAGGGAUGGCUGGGCACUCAAAACCCACAGUGGACUCACCUCUCCGGGGGUGAAGUGUCAGGGUUGUGGCCUGGGCUGCUCCAGCCUGGCAUCCUGCCCCAGGUGUGAAAUGAUCCUGUGCCAGGCCUGUCACGACAUCGACCCCUCCCCAUGCUGCGGCCUGCAGGACUACCCCAACCCCAAAUCGCCCCGCCCCGUGGAUGGUUACCUCCCCGUCAAGGAGAAGCUGUCAGUCUACUCCAACACCCACUCCCCACACCCCCACAUACACCCUCACCCCCUCACUCCCCCUCACCCCCAGAUGGUGGAGAAACCCCUCAUGGCCACUAAGCUGUUUCCCUGCAAGUCGGUUGCCAUGUCGUCGGCCAUGGUAGCCAAUAGCGACCGAGCAAGCCUGGGGGGGUCACGGUGCGGGUUCUGUAACAAGCCGGGUGCUUCGCACACCUGCGUGAACUGCUCCAAGGUGUCAUGUGACAUGUGCAUGAGCCUGUACGCUAAAGAUGUGUGCACGCGUAAAAAACCCCAGCAUAGCUUUGUCCCCAACCACCAGCUCAACUUUAAGUCUGGAACCAUAUCACAUCUGGUCUACCGAUGAGCCAGGAACAACAGGGAGUGGACUCUCACUAUUCAAACCUCUCUCGUUUCUAUUUCCCUCUCUUACCUGUUCCUGUUUUCUCUUCCUCCUUAUUACUUUCUCACCCUUCCCUUGAACUCUCUUCCCUUCUCUAUCAGAUGUAUGGCUCUGGAAUAAACACAGGACACAUCAUAGGGAGUCGUAUCUCCUGCCUCUCUCUGCCUUGUAAAAGAUCAGGCUUUUUUUUCAACUGCUUCCUCUUCUUCCUUACCCUGCUCUAGCUUAGUCAUGUGAUGUCGUAGCGCUUCCUAACCCCUCAAAUCUAGUCCUCUCCAAGCGAAACGGGAGAAAAAAGCAAGAGUCAUCCGGCUUGUAGAAAAACAAAACACAAAUGCUGACUAAACUUCUCAGCCGAGGAGACUGCCCGGUAGAUGUGUCAUAGUCUUCUGGAAUUGGAUUAUGUUCACUGAGGACCCUUUUUAAACUUGAAAAACCAAGGGGGGGGAAACAACAACCGUAAAUGUACACUGGAAUUCAAUAGUAUAUAUUUUCAAUGGUUAUUCAUUCUGUAGAUCAAUGUAAGACUGUUGGGUGGGGAUGCGUCUGGGGUGAAUGUUUUGUGGGGAUGCUUUAAAGGGAUAUUUUGAGAGACAAUGGUCGGAUGCCAUAAUAGUCUAUUUAAAGAACAAUGCCUUGUACAUUUACCCUCAAAUGUUUAAAGUGUAUAGCUAAGGUUUA